AUGGCACCCUCUACUCAGAAGCAAUGGACCGUCAAGAACAAGGAGCAGGACUUUGACGGCCUCGUUUACGGCGACGCGCCGGUUCCGACUGCGGGGGACUCUGAAGUCAUUGUCAAGCUUCACGCUGCCUCGCUCAACUACCGUGAUCUUAUUAUCCCUAAGGGAAAGUACCCCUUCCCGGUCUCGUUCCCUGUUGUCCCCGGUUCCGACGGUGCCGGUGAAGUCGUCGAGGUCGGAUCAAAGGUCAAGCAAUUCAAGAAGGGCGACAAGGUUGUUACCCUUUUCAACCAGCUCCACCAGUACGGUCCCGUUGAUGCCGCUGCAGCAUCUUCGGGUCUUGGUGGUGCGGUCGACGGAACUCUGCGCCAGUAUGGUGUUUUUAAUGAGAACGGCGUCGUCAGAGCCCCGACCAACCUGAACUUCCUUGAAUCGAGCACCCUCACCUGUGCGGGACUGACAAGCUGGAAUGCUCUGUAUGGACUGAAGCCGCUUCUGCCCGGCCAGACCGUCCUGGUACAGGGUACUGGCGGUGUGAGUCUCUUUGCUUUGCAGUUCGCAAAAGCAGCGGGCGCAACUGUGAUCGCGACGACCUCCUCCGAAGAGAAGGGCAAGCGCCUCAAGGAUCUCGGUGCCGACCACAUCAUUAACUACAAGACCCAGACCAACUGGGGCGAGAUCGCGCGUGGUUUGACCCGCGACAACAUCGGUGUUGACCACAUCAUUGAGGUUGGAGGCUCCGGCACCUUGGAGCAGAGCUUCAAGUGCAUCAGGUUCGAGGGUGUCAUUAGCAUUAUUGGAUUCCUGGGCGGAAUGAACCCCAGCACUAUCCCCAACGUCUUGCAGACUUUGAGCAACAUCUGCACUGUGCGUGGUGUGUAUGUUGGCAGCAAGGCGCUUAUGAAUGACAUGGUCAGCGCCAUCGAGGCGAACAAUAUCCACCCUGUUGUGGAUGUGUCUGUGUUCACCCUUGAGAAGGCACGCGAGGCUUACGAGCACAUGUGGGCGCAGAAGCACUUCGGAAAGCUGACCAUCCAGAUCGAUUAA